CAAAACAUACCUUUUCCGUCCAACCCGCAAAAAACGUAUUUUUCCGCCAAACCCAUAAAACGUAUUUUUCCGCCAAAACCAUAAAAAUGCACUUUUUCGCGAAAACACACAUAUUCCCUCAAAAACCGCAAAAAUAUUUUCGGCCAAAACCGUAAAAAUUCUAUUUUUCCGCCGAAACGUAAAAAAUUAUAUUUUAGUCAUUUUAUUAACAAGUCCACCUAGAUGCAGAUGAAAGUUCAAAAAUGACAAACAAACGAACAUAGUUGCAUUCAGAUGAUUCAUUUGGAUGCAUGGACGAAAUGAAAAAACGAACAACACCCAGAUGGAGCAUCUGGAUAAGAUAUCUAGAUGGACCAUCUGGAUGCAUCUUCCAGAUGUACAAACGAACAGGGCCUGAGUCUUUUUUCCAGCUAACAAAGGUACGGUUAUUUGAUUAUUCAUGGAAAGAGAUUACUAUUAAUAUCUAAGAAUGUACAAUGUUUCUUCACGCAAGUUGUAUAUAUAGCCAUGUGUAAAUUUCUGGUACGUCGACAUGCAAUGAUUCUCUUUAAACUAUUACAGAAAUUAAGAUAAUACUGAAUAGGGUCAAGAGUCUAGUCUAAUGUAACCAAUGUCAUAGUGAUUUUCGUAUGAUUAGAUUACCAUUUUUGUAGGUUAUGUAUAUCCUUAUAGCUAGGUCAAAAACACAUGUCACCUCACUCUUUGAAUAAACCCACAAGUUUGUAAAGUAACAACAUUCCAGCUGUUCGUUUAUAUCUUUAUUCUUUCUAUUUUGCUAGUAUUCAUUGUCUAAAUAAGUGAAAACAAAAGAGACGUGAAGCCAAAGAGAGAGAAAAGAGAGAAAAGAGAGAUCUUGUUUGGGGUUCGGCGCGCGGCCGGCGCGUGAGCGUCCGUGCCGGCGCCGGAGCCUCUGUUUGUCCUUCGUAGUGUUCCCCCUUCGCUCUUCUUCGCCAACCUGUCAACGACUGCCUUGUCCGAGCUCUGGAUUCGACCUCACCGCUUACGGUGGUUUCGGUCUUGGAGUAACGACGCUCUCGUCGGGAGGGUCCUGGUGGAGGAAGUGGCAUGCAUGUUCAGUGGUGGUGUUUUCCGGGAGGUGGAGGCUUUCGUAGAUCCACCGCCGCCGGCUCUAGUUCCCGGGAAGGGAGUCUUCUUUAGAUUUGCCUUCGCCGGCUUUAGUUUUGGAGAGCGGAGGCUAGCACAGCUCCGCGCUUCCACUUAGGAUCCCGCGGUUCUUUGGGAAAAGUUUUCUAGUUUAGUUUUGUUUCAUGGUCGGCGCAGUUGUCGGUAAGUCUUGGGUGGGGUCACUGCGGAUGAGAUCUUGGUUGAAGACAAGGUUCUCCGGCGAGGUGAUGAUUCUCAAGGAAAGGAAGAGAUGGCUUCUUGAGUCGCGUGUCUUGGGUUUGAAGUAUGCUAAAGGCGGAGGAGAUCUCGAGGUUCGAUUGAUCUCUCCGGCGGGAUGACACGGCGGUGAAGAAUGGCUUUGCGUUUGUUUGGAGGCUUGUCUGGUUUCGAGCUCCGACGAACAAGGUGCUCGAGGGUGUUUGUUCCGGUGGCGUAAAGGCGGAGGUGAUCAAGUCGAGGCGGUGACGACGUGUGUCGCGUCAAUGGAGCAGAUCACUCCACUUGUCGAGCCGCCUCCUUGAUGCGCUAGCCAGCUGGCCGGGCGGUUUCUAAGGUUGGGCCGAGGGCCUGUUUAAGUUUUUAUUUUGCCCCUGGGGUUGGGCUUGCGUUUGUUUUCUUUGUAAUCGGGCUUCGGCCUUGUAUGGGCUUGGCCCAAUCAUCUUAUAAUAUCAAAUCUUUGGCGGAAAAAAAAAAAAAAUAAGUGACCAAAAAUUGACUUUACGAGAUUUACGAAUCGUCAAAUCAUCACUAUAUUGUCAUGAACAAUUCAUAAAAAAGACAAUUAUCUAUUUUAUGAGUUUUAACUCUUUUAGUGUAGAUUUUGUUCGAAAGCUGUAACAUUGUUAACACAAUUUGAACCCAAAUCCAAACCGUACUAAACAUGUAUGUCUGAUCCAAACAUAAUAUAAACUCCAUGUGAUAUAUACUUAUAUUAUUGUGUUUCUAAAACCAAUAAAAAAGUAUUAAAUUAAAUUAAUUCCAGUUUUAAACAUAGCUACAAUGGAAUAUCCGGCAAACAAAAAAAUUAAAUGAAAUUUUCUAAAGUUUAAAUUAUUAUUAUUGUUAUUUGGCUUUAUGCAAAGAUAUAUGUAUAGAGAGAUAAAAGUUUGAGUGCAUCCAAAAAAGACAAAGAGAAUAGAUGGAAAAAGAGUCAGUCAUCUUUUAGAAAAAGCCAGAAAACCAAAUCAGAAAACAAAAAAACUUACUCUUUUAAUCCAACAUAGCCACGAAUCCUCUCUCUCUCUCUCUCUCUCUCUCUCUCUCUCUCUCUCUCUCUCUCAGUGCUCUUCGUUUCUCUUUCUUCAGUUUUGUGUUUGAAGAAAAAAAAUAAACUCAAACAGACUUCUUGUUCUUGGGGUUCUUUUUAGGGUUGUUGGGACUGAUAUCUUUAGAAAAUGGGUAAAGCUGCUGGGAGAAACGGUAACGAAAACUAUAACGGCGUUGGAUUUAACGGUCAAAGAGGCGGUGGAGUUAGGCCAUAUGUACGGUCUCCGGUGCCUCGGCUCAGAUGGACGCCGGAUCUCCACCGUUGUUUCGUUAACGCUGUAGAUAUGCUCGGUGGCCAACAUCGAGCGACUCCAAAGCUUGUUCUUAAGAUGAUGGAUGUGAAGGGACUCACAAUUUCACAUGUCAAGAGCCAUCUCCAGAUGUAUAGAGGUUCUAAACUUACUUUGGGGAAACCAGAGGAAAGCUCUUCAUCUUCAAUAAGAAGACAAGACACUGAAGAAGAUAAUUUUCAUGACAACUUGUCUUUACACACAAGGAAUGAUUGUCUUCUGGGUUUUCACUCCUUCCCUCUUUCUUCACAUUCUUCUCUUAGGGGAGGAAGAAAAAAGGAGCAGACUUCAGAGUCUAGUGGUGAUGAUGAUGCUGAUGCUGACUUCCUUCACACCAUGAACAUGAAGAAGACGAAAGAAACGACGAUGUUUCGAUCACAUCAUUUCCACAAGAAAACAGAGAAGGAGAAGAACACUUGGCAAGAACACGAAGAAGAAGAAGAUUUGUCGUUGUCUCUGUCGCUGAAUCAUCAUCACUGGAGAAGCAACGGAUCAUCAGUGAGCGAAACGAGUGAAGCCGUCUCCACAUGUUCUGCACCAUUCAUCUUCAAAGAUUGCUUGGGUUCUUCACCAAAGAUUGAUCUUAACCUUGACCUUAACCUUUCAAUUUCUCUCCUCGGCAGCUGAAAUCUAUAUAUAAGAUCAUUGUUUCUUAGAUUAGUUUGCACUUUUCAGGAUUUUGUUGUGAAACUACUAGAAUUUCUUUUUUUCCGAGAUUUAAAGUUAAUCUCGAAAAUAAAUGUUAGAUUCACGUAAAUAUCAAGCUGAAGCUGAAACCCACAAAUUAUAAAAUACAGUAACAAUCACAUACAGUUACAAUAUAAAAAUAGAGACAAAACUUUACAGUAUGUUGAUUUUUCAUUUCUGGAAGAUAAAAAUCAGAUGACGACAAAAAGCUAGAGAAAAUUAAUUUAUACGGAUUCAAUGUACCGUCAGCAAUAUUCGGAAAAAAAAACUAAUAUUGUGACCUUUUCUCUUAGUAAAAUAGUAAAGAGAUGAAAAAUACUUUUAAAAGAAAAAAAACUGCUGACAAAAAAAGAAUAUAUAAAAAAAACUGAUAAAAACCACACGAUUAAUUAUUCUUUAGAUAUUAUCAUUGGUGAUUUUCUGUUUCACAAGUUCUUCUUGAUGUCACUGUAUCCUGAAUUCUGAUUCUGGUAUGUUUGAUACCAGGAACUUGAAGUAACUAAGCUGGAAGUUGUUCCGCGUUGAGCUACAACGAGAGAUAAUACAGUGAUUCUAACAACUUUGAAUUAAACAAACAUGCUUUUGAAUGGAUAAAACAACGUAUUCCCGUCGCCGAAAACUGCAUAAGCAUUGUUUCAGCCUUGAAACAGAGGAAGUUGAUUUCGUGGCCCGGCCCAUUCUAAUUUCAUGCCUAAUGUAGAUAAUAUUUUCUUAUGCCCAUCCACAAGUAUAAAUAUUAAAUACAAAACAAAAGAGAAAAUUUUGACAUUGAUCAAAUCACUAAUGAACUGAAGGGAAGAUGGAGCUUGUAUAUAAAUAGGGCAAGUUCUAGAAAAAUAUCUAAAAAAGUUCUAUCAAGUUUCAAGAGUGCCCUGAAAUGUCUAUCUUGUAAAGUUGAGUCCAAGAAAGAUUUAGACUGAUCAUAAAAAGGCUUUGGAGGACUUUGGGAAAAGAUGGCCAAAGGUGCAAAGCUAGGGCCGCCGUACGGCCUUGCACGGCCUUGGGCGAUCCAUAAAGGUGUUUGGCUCAACUAAGAAGGAUGUUAAGGCGAAGUGCAAAGAUAGGGUGAGUAGUACAGACAUGAGGUCCGUACCAUCGACCGUACAGCCCAAUCCUAUCUCCAGUCUUUGUAUCUAGUCUCACGUUCUCAGUCUCCAGUCUCUCAAUCUCUCACUCAGUCUCUUAUUUUUCCAUUUACAAACUUCAUUCUUUUAUCAGUUGCUUUCAUUGUUGACAUAAGACAAGAUCUCUUUCCCUUAAGUGCGUAUUCAUCACACACACAACCUGAGCUCUGUUAAAACUUAUAUGGUAUCAGAGCCAGGUUCAUUAGAAUUUGGUUCCAGCUUCCGCUAAGCUCAGGACUUACUCCCAUGUUACUUCCAAACCAAGAAGAAGCUUCAUGUACAGCCGGCUGUUCAACCCCUUCAAGAAGAAGAUGCACUCAUCCAUAGCGUCCAGAAGCUGUCCUUGGUCGUUCUCCACUCUCUCAUGGUCAUCCUGAAGAAAUAAGGCCAUUGGAAGCAUGUCCAAGCCAUUCCUAUUCACUGUUCAAGAAAAAAGGCGAAAGCUUUCAACUUGUAGCUGAUAUGGCGACUCAAAGCAUGAAGAGAGGAGGUGUUUUAGGCAUGGUGGAUUCAAGAGGAAGGUCCAUGAAAAAGGAGAUGCUGGAGUUGACACCAACAACUCAGCUCUCCCCAUGUACUAAGGAGUUUUAAGGAACUACCACUAGUUCCUUUGCUGUAAGAAAAUCUUUUUCUCUUGUAUAAAGCUUGAGUGUAUGAACAGGUUGUGAUGUGAUUGAAAACCUGAGGAUAUAUUUAAUAUUCCUAAAUGAAAAUGGUUUAGAAUAUGUCCCAUGAUGCUUAAAGAGGCUUGUGUGCUGAUUAAGAAUGUUUUAAUAUGCUUAA